GGCGGCCAAUGGGAGGGCGCGGGGGGCGGCGCGGGCGGCAGGGGCACUAUUGUUGAUGAGGCGGACGGAGGUUGCGGAGGUAGCGUGCGUUGCUCUGCACAGGCUACGGCGGCGAGGAGGGGACGUGGCCGCGGCCACCUGAGGCGUUGGACUCCCCCCCCCACCCAGUGAGGAUCUGCCCGUGCCUCGCGUUUUUCCCUUCCUUUCCAGUCACCGACUGCCUUCAGCGAGCUCCGGCUCCCAACGGACAAUGUCCCACCAGCGCAUGAGGCGCAACGGCUCCCCGAUCCCGGCCACCUCCCUGGGAGGAGGAGGCGCGGCGGCGGCAGGUGGCGGAAUGGGAGCAGGCAGCCGCCUCCAGCCCAUGAGGGCCACGGUGCCCUUCCAGCUCAAGCAGCAACAACAGCAGCAGCAGCAGCAUGGCAGUCCCACGAGGAGCAGCGGCGGUGCGAGCGCCCCGAGCGGGAGUCUCCCACGCGCGGCGCCCGCCUCGCGUAGCAUUAGCCCCACGCGCGCGGCGCCCACCGGCGGAGGCAACAGCGGGCGCGGCGGCCCCGCCAUGGCCACGCAGACGCCGGGGGGAGGGGGAAGCAGCGCCGCCGCUUCAGCGGCCUCCGCCGCCUCCUCGCGGGGCAGCCCCACGCGUGCUGGGGGGCCGCGGGGAAGUCCUCCACGGCCCCACCACUUACCGCCGCCUCCUCCGCCGCCGCCUCUGGGCUGUGGGCCCUCACCGUGCUCUUCUCCGGUGUCUCCGCUGCCGGAGGGCAGCGCUACAGCGGCGGGUAGAGUCCGGCACCGGCGGCAGUCGCCGGAGCAAGGCAGGAGCUCCCCGGAGAGGAAGAGCCCCAGCUCCCCUGUCUGCAAAGCUGAAAAACCAAGACCACCUUCCUCAAGCCCUUCCAGUAUUAUUCGCCGCACUUCCUCACUGGAUACUCUUGCUGCUCCAUACCUUGCUGGACAGUGGCCUCGAGAUACUGCUCCAUGUAUGAGAGACAAAGCUACACAGACAGAAAGUGCCUGGGCUGAAGAAUAUUUAGAAAAGAAGAAAAGCUCACACAAACGUUCAUCGUCAUGGGGCAGCAAUGAGCAACUCAAGGAGAUUGCAAAAUUACGUCAACAGUUGCAGAGAAGCAAACACAGCAGCAGGCAUCAUCGUGAUAAAGAAAGACAUUCCCCGUUUCAUGGUAACCAUGUAGCUAUUAACCACAGUCAGGCUCCCAUCCCAAAGACUGCCCUUGUUCCUGUGAUACCCGUUACCAAAUCAACAGGAUCACGCUUCCGAAACAGUGUAGAAGGGCUGAAUCAGGAGAUCGAGAUAAUAAUUAAGGAGACAGGAGACAAAGAGGAGCAGCUCGUUCCUCAAGAUAUUCCAGAUGGACACCGUGCACCGCCUCCAUUGGCUCAGCGUAGUAGUAGUACUCGCAGCAUUGAUACUCAAACACCUGGUGGAGCAGACAGGGGUAGUAACAACAGCAGCCGCUCCCAGUCAGUAUCUCCAACCUCAUUUCUUACCAUCUCUAAUGAAGGCAGUGAGGAAAGUCCAUGUUCUACAGAUGAUCUUCUUGCUGAUUCCAGAGAUAAAGAGAAUGGGAAUAAUUCUCCUUUGCCAAAAUAUGCUACCUCGCCAAAACCCAACAACAGCUACGUGUUCAAGCGUGAACCUCCAGAGGGUUGUGAGAAGGUGAAAGUCUUUGAGGAAAGCUUGCCAAAGCCAUUGCAUGAAAUUCCAGCCUUCUACUGCCCUGACAAGAACAAAGUGAAUUUCAUUCCUAAAAGUGGCUCUGCUUUCUGUCUUGUCAGCAUCCUCAAGCCACUUCUUCCCACACAAGAUCUCACACUAAAAGGCACUGCACACAGCCUGACUGUCUCCUCCAGCAUGACACCCAGUUUGUUACAGCCCAUUUCUGUGGCCUCCUUGUCUACAAGCACAGAUCAAGACAGAAUCUCUCGUGGAACAAGUACAGUAAUACCACAGUCCUCUCUACUGCAGCAACCAGGAUGUAUUGAGGAAGCUGAAGGAUAGAGUUACAUUGUCUUGAUAUUUUGCUUGGCAACUACUGGGGAAAAAUUUGAACCAGGUGACUGGACUUUUCUGAUCACAGUAUUUACAUUGUUUUAGCAAUUUAUGGCACUGUCAUAAUUGAACUGUUUGUGUAAUUGACAGUUUGGUAGCACAUUUUGAGGUUCAGGAGGAUGCAGCAACUGAUGUUCUGUUGCACUUUCUGCUUAUGAAGACUGAUCCUGUUUCUCUCCUGAUUUUUUUUAAACACUGGUGAAAAGAAAGACUAUUAUAAUCCUUUUCCACUUAAAGGACCAGUUGUUAUGAUGCUGUGUGUCCUUUGACUACUUUUCCUAUUAAAGCAAAAAUCUCAAGACCAACCAACUGAUCCUACUUACCAUUGUAAUCUGAGAGGGAGGGAUAGUCAGAUGGUUUUGCAAGAUGUCUUUUGUAUGAAAAUGUGUAUUUUGUAACAAAAAACUGCCUUUUCUGUUGCAUAGCAGAUGGUGUUUAGAAGACACUUCCAUGGUGAUGAUCUCUUCCUCCUCCCCUCUUUCUGUUCUUUUUUUUAUUUUUUCAUGGUAGGGACGAUUCUUUUUAACUUGGCUGUUUUACAGCUGCCUGGACCAAAGGAUUGCUGAAGUAUUUCAGCAGUCUCAAUUUAUGUGAGCUUGCUGAACAGCCUCAGCCCUAAAAACAAACAAAAGAAAAAGACAAGUUAAUACAUUUGAAAUUUUAUAAACAGAAGAGUAUCCAAAAAGCAGUGUUAGUAUGUAGUGUACAAUUUUGUUUAUAUUGUUUGUGCAUCAGGUAAGUCAUGUUCUUAAAAGUCCUUCCUUCACAGAAUUCCCAUCAGUUUUGGUGUAUUGGCUGGAAACUUACAUUUUAAAGCACUUGCCCCAGCAUUUUUCUAUUUGUGUAGGAUUUUUGUGCAAGGGUGGGGAAAAAAGAUAUUAUCCUUGUUAUUCUUCCAGAAAAUAUGCCACUUGCCUGUUACAGGCUUGUUUGGCUACUUAUGGAGUUAUCUUGGAUCAUUAAUCACUUUUGGCACAAACUUAUUCUGAUGUGACUCAUCACUGUAUUAUAGACUCUGACCACAUAAUGCUGAAGUACUUGUGCAUGAUUUCCUCCCUUUUGUCAUAGUGGUGUUUUGUGUGUCCGUUGAAGGUGAUGAUUUCUCGGGCAUGGUAUCCAUUACAGGUUUACAGCAGCAGUUACAUUCUCCCUUUUUGAUGAGCAACAUAGGCUGGCAUGUAAAACAGAGGAAUUUUUUUUGACACCUGGUUUGUCCUGAUAUGCAGUGGUUUAUAAUUCCUUUGAAAUUAUAGUGAAAGAUUAAAAUGGGAGGGAAAGGCAAUUGCAGGCAAACCACUCAUGAACUUCAGUGACCUCUCUUGUGUCUUCCUGGACUGCAUCACUUGGGGUUGAGUAACUACAAUACAGAUAUGCAAAAAAAAAAUGCAGUGACCUGAAUACCAGUGUUGUAUCAAGUUAACCUUGUAGCUCUUCUAGAUUCAGUAAUUUCUAAGUAAGUGUCAUUGUGGGCAGGCUCUGGGGCUGAUACCAGUCUCUUACACAUGAGCAGUUCUGACUCCUGCCAGUUGCAUACUCAGGUCCCUCCAUGACUGCGUCUAUUUAAAGCAAUACUGCAACUGUGACAACUUUGGUCAGGAAUUGAUUGAGAACAUUUCACUUGGGAGAAAAAAAAAAGUCUGCAUAGCUGUGCAGAUAACUAGUCAUUGUUCUGAUGUACAUUUACUCUUUCUUUAAAUCCUGUGUACAGAACUGAUAAAAAUAUCCUUUACUCAGCAAGUAAGUGUAAAUUGCACUACCAUGCUUGAGUUAUGCUCAUGAUUUAAUGAGCUCCUUUUGAAACAUGCAAAAAUUCAGCAAAUUAGAAAUGUACCAGGAAGUAUUAAAGUAUUAGACCUGUUAAAUUAGCAAAAAAGCAGGAAUUGGUUUACUGUCUUUCUUGUCAUCAAAAUAGAUACGAUCGUGCAAAUGGGACUAAAAAAAACACUUUUUGAAGAAAGAGCUCUGGUGUACAUUGAAGAAGUUGUUAAUAGACAGAGCUUUAAAAUCAGUAGCUUUCUGCAUCAAAUCUGUAAUUUGGCCAGUUGAUAAUUCUUUCUAGAUUUUGGGGAUAUUAAUUAGUUUAUUCUGAAACAAUUAGAGUGCAAAUUGAAGCCUAAAAUGUACUGCUUUAGAUGCGCUUGUUUAAACCCAAUAUGACUGGAUUCAUGGAAGAUCAGCUCCUUCAGGUGAUGGAAGUAUUUCCGAAACAGUAGCAUGUAAAGAGUUUCUCCAUCAAUGCCAAACUGCUUGGUGCUUUAUCGGAGAUCUUAACGGAAUGGUUAAGAGCCAAAGGGCUAAAGUUAACAAACAGCCUUUACUGCAGCCUUGAGACUUAAGUGACUUCACCAAAACUGCAUUUUGAUGUGCGUGUUCAUCACAGAGUGACUCUCCCAAAUAGCAGUGAGCAGUGAUCCUAGGACUUUAUUUUACAGCCAUAGUUGUAGUACUUGAGCAUCUCUGUGGUAGUUUACAUUGUAUGUCACUGGACAAUGUACUGUACAAAUCAGUGAGCUGCUCUCAUAAAAACUAAAUGUGAAUGUGUGAGGCUUUUGCUUUUUAUAAAAACAAACUGCAUUAAGGACAACAUUGUCUUUUUUUUAUAUUCACAGCAACUCUACUUUUGCCAUGGCAGCUCUACUACUUUAUUACAAAUCCACACUAAAGACUCGGAAUUAAGAAAAUAAGACAGCUUUUCUUCCAAGACCAAUUUUUACAUGUGUGCAUACAAAAAUUAGCCUUAAGCUUUUUCUGUACUGAUCUGUGCCAUACUAGAGCUGUUAGAUCAUGUAUUUAAAUCAAUUCCAAAAUAUCUGCAAGAGUGCAUGAAGCUUUUUAAAGUUCUUUUAUGUAUAGAGUGCGAUAUUCCAUUUUUUGGGGCUGUCGACUCAAGCACAGUUUUACUGAAAGAGUUCAAGUUCUUCUGGCAUACUUUAAAUCCUAACUAUGCAUAGACCUAAUGAGUUCCUUGAUUGUCUACUCUGUAGCUUAGGAAAAAAACAAGGGUCUAUUUUUAUGCACAACUUGACACACUUGAUACUCUUGUGUUCUUGGUGUUUCACACUUCUAGCAACAUUUAAAGUCUUGUGGCAGUGUUCAGUAACAAUGACAGUUUGAUUUUGAGAUGUACUAAAGUGGUGUUCCUCCAUUUGUCAAUUCAGUGUAAGUCACAAGGAAGGAGGUCAGUAUUGUAAUAAAGUUUUGUUGCUGGCAGCUAACCCUAUUGGGAAUCCUUUUUUUAAAAGAACAAAGGCACAAGGGAAGCAGACUUCUGUGUUAAAGUUUGACUUGCUUCAGCUGUUCUUUCUUUGCUUGGUGCCAUGAUCUUGUAGCAACACAUUAAAGUGCUUAAAGUAAUAGAUAAGCUUGGAAAAAACAUAUAUAUAUCUUGGAAUGAAGUUCUUUGUUUCACACACAUAUCCCAAAAAGGGAAACAAAGCUAAAUAGUGCAUACUGUGGAAGGUAAACAAUUGCUGUGUUUGAUCCACAGAAGGCAGUAGCAGCUCUUAAAAAGUAUGCAUAGUCUCAGGGCUAUUUUUUGGGUUGUUCUAAAAUGCAAUUUACUGGAAUUCAGAAUCUGAGAUUCUUGGAAAAUGCUGAGGCUGAGCCUUUUGAGAAGGAAAAAAAAAAUUAUAUCCAUUAAUGUUCCUUCUGCCUCAAGCCUGCCUAAUUUCUCGUUGCUUAUUGAGUGUAAGAGAAUUCAGCAGUACAGCAUUAAUUUCUUGCCGAGGAAUUGUAUGUUCUCACCCUGUCAUUUCUGAAAAUCUAACUGUCUUCACAAUAACUCGCUGCCAGUGAUGUCUUUACUUUGCUGAAUGUUUCCUUGCUAAGAACCUGACAGCUUCACUGUGAAACUGCAAGGGCAGAGACUGCAUAGAAAGUCACCAGAGAAUGGCAAUUACAAAGAUCAGUGCUGCAGGGUGACUGCUUGGAUGUCUGGGUUUUCAUUUGACUCACUAUGCUGUGCACACUUGUAAUCUGUGUAGGCCUGUUGCUUUUGUUGUCAUGGUAUGAGGCACAACUGGCACUGAUAGGAAUCUUUCUUUGUGCAUGGACUUGCAAACCUGUUCUUGUCCAGAGAUGCGAGUGCACUUAGAGAUACCUCCACGGCAAAGCUUGUGUGCUAUUCCUGUUCUCCUGAAAUGAAUACAACCUGCAAAAAAGACCUCUGACAUAAAGGUAUCCAGACACUUGAGAUGGUCAGGACUGUUACUCCAUAUAAUUCCAUAGUUUAAGAGUGUGCCCUUCAUCAGAUGUCAUAGCCUAAAGCUAUUGUCAUGGCCUAGACCCAUACCAAGUUGAUGUGUAUUAAAAGGUGUUCACUGCUGUAGAAGGUGUGCUUUUCCUAAUGCAGGAGUUGAAAAGCACUGUGGAAAUACUGAUUUCAUGGUGUUCUUGUGAACCUGCUUUUCUAAACCUGGGUAUGCAGGAAAACCCAGUGAUCACUUAACUGCAAGAUGUACCAAUGUAUUUUCUUGAUGCCAGUUUGUGAGUGUUCAGCAACUUGGAAAAGCAAUUCUGCUCUUUGCAUUUUGUUUAUACAAAGAACGACCCAGAUGCACUGUUUUGAAACUGCUACUCUGUGUCGAGUGGGGAGAGAAUGCUAACUAUUUACAAAUGCUUUGUGAAAUUCUACUCCCGUACCCCAGCUGAAGUGCAGUAGUCUUUGCGAGUGCUGCAAAUGUAAAUGGAGUCUUGUUACAGCUUGCUUGAUUUCAUUGCAUGUCAUCAGUAAACUACUAUGAUAUGGUCUUCAAUAUUUCUUCACUAGGAUUUGCAUUUGACUACAAAGGUUUAUCUGAAUUGCAGAAAAGUACUUGGCCUGGUAACAUUGUAAUUUAACAUUUCUUGCACAAAGCCCUUUGGAAACAACUCUGUUUGGAAAAUCUAGUAAGCAAAAAAAAAAAUCCUUUCUGGAUACUUCAUCCUUCCUAAUUGCAAAUGUAAAGGAGAGUGUUGCUUGGCUUUAUUCUAAAUGAUUUCGUUUAUUGAAAUGUACAGGUUUUGAGAGUAGCAGUCAAGGGAAUAUCCAAAACUGGCAUUAGAUUUGCCUUUGUAUGAAACCAGUUGAUGUUUUCCUUCGUUACACUGUGAUAACUUGUGGAGGUAUUCUUGCCUAUGUUGUACUGCUAGAUUACUAAUUGCAUGUAAGGCGAUUUCUGUAAGCAAGAGGAAUUCCAGUGAUGUUCUGCAAAAAGGCUGUCUUCUGAGGUGAUGUACAUUGGUGUGGAACUGGAGCAGCUCAACUCAUUUCAGUGGAAUUCUUGAUUUACACUAGUCUCUUUGCUAUGUGUAGUUAUGCCAGUACUAUUUUGCACAAUGUUACUUUGAAUCUUGAGUUCUGACUUGUAAACUGUUUCUAGUGAAAACUGAAAAUUUUACAAACUGCAAUUGCAGAAUGUUUUUGGGAUUUUUUUUUGUUGUUGUUGUUGUCAUUGUUCCUCUGGUUGGUUGAUUUUUUUUGUUUGGGUUUUUUGGUGGCUUUUUUGUUUGUUUGUAUGUCUCCUAAAAUAAACAGUUGUCAUGGGCUAA